AUGCGGGCUCUAGAUACCCUAAGGCUCUCUGUCCCAAAUCUGGAACCAUUCACACAGCCACCACAGCUAUCCACCGAUGACACAUAUAUUUACACCUCUAGAAAACCUGGACUCUCUCUUAAAGAAAACCUCCAAAUAUGCGGCAGUAUGGACCUGAGGAACAACAUCAGCGCCCUGCACAGGCUGUGUGGGUGUCGUGUCAUCGACGGUCACCUUCACUUUGUUCUCCAGGAGCAGCGCGACAAGUGGUCCGUUGAGCGCCUCUCUGGGUAUACCUUCCCUGACCUGAGGGAGAUCACCCACCACCUCCUCAUCUACCGCGUCUUCAACCUCACCUCCCUCAGGCGACUCUUCCCUAAUCUCGCUGUCAUCAGGGGGAAGGUCCUCUUCCACAACUACGCUCUGGUCAUCUACGAUGUUCCUAGCCUGCAGGAGGUUGGCCUCGUCUCCCUCUCCGUCAUCCUCAGAGGGUCAGUCCGGAUAGAGAGGAACCUGAAGUUGUGUUAUGUUGACACCGUCGACUGGAGCCUCAUCACCGCCAACCGUCCGGCUCAGAACUACCUCAAUCACAACCGCCACGAAGCUGAGUGUCCAGCCUGCCCUCAGGAGCUGGGCUGCUUCCCGUCCCAGCGCUGUGGGGCUCCACGCUGCUGGGGACCCAACCACUGCCAGACCCUGUGCAGGAGCGAGUGUGUUGGAGGAUGCGUUGGGGACCAGUGUUGUCACGAGCAGUGUGUUGGGGGCUGUCGCUCGCCUGGGGACCCACAAGCCUGCCACGCCUGCAGAAACCUUCUGGACCAGCAACGCUGCACCCACUCCUGCUCCAGCCACAAGUUCAAGGUGGCGAAGCACAGGUGUGAGCGCCGUGAGCUGUGCUCUGACAACUACGCCAUCAAGUGGGACACUGAGGAGUGUGUGGAGCGCUGCCCACCCCACUACACCCACACCACCAUCCUGCUCGGGUCCCGCGUCCUUACCCAGUGUGUCCCCUGCAGAGAGAUGGCGUGUCCGCGGCGCUGUCCAGCCUCCACCAUCACCAGCAUCAGUCACGCCCAGAUCCUGAGCGGCUGCACCAUCAUCGAUGGACAUCUCACCAUCUACAUCAGUGGUGGAGAGAACCUGGAGAGGGAACUGGAGGAGCAUCUGAGCAACAUAGAGGAGAUCACCGGCUUCCUCAAGAUCUUCCGCUCCAGCCUCACCUCCCUCAGCUUCCUCAACAGCCUCACCAGGAUAGGUGGAGAGAUACUCCUCCACAACAAUUACUCGCUGGUGGUGCUGGACAACCCCAACCUGCACUCCCUCUGGAACACCACCAACCUCACCGUCGACAACGGCAAGGUGUUCGUCCAGUCCAACCCCAAGCUCUGCCUCCACCACAUCCAACAACUAGUGAACGACGCCAACAUCACCGGCCUCUCGGAGACUGACGUCUCCUCCACCUCCAACGGCGACAAGGCUCCAUGUAAUGUGAGGCCCCUCAACGCUACCGUCAACUCCUCGCCACUGUACGGCACACUGACUGUCACCGUCGCCUCCACCUCCCUCCCUCCUGACACCGUCUAUUACGUCAACUACAAGAAGACAGACAACAACGUCUCCCUCUACGAGAGCGAGGGACCCUGCAGCGACCUGGGGUGGUCGACGAUGGAAAUGGGUGCAGGGACUGGCACCAUCGUCAGCCUGGAGCCAUAUACCCGCUACGCUGUCUACGUCAAGGUGUACUCCCUGGGUACUAGUACCAAGGGCGCCCAGUCCGAUGUCCUCUAUGCCAUUACCAGUCCCUACAACCCGACAGAGCCAGUGCACCUGGGAUGGACAUCACCAAACAGCUCCAGCCUGGAGGUGUGGUGGGAGCCGCCCCGGCGUCCCAACGGUGUCAUCGACCACUACCUCGUCACGCUCACCCGUCUCCCAGACACCCACACCGUACCCCCGGACCUCGACUUCUGUAACCAGGACACAAGGGCCUACGUGGACAAGAACCUAGUUACCGUCUGGGAUGAUGACGUGUCGACCGUGCCAGAGAGAACGCCCAAGGAGCAAGUGGAGGCGACGCAGGAGGAGGAGGAGGAGGAGGAGCCUCUGGUCAUGGAGGGCGACAACUCCUGCAGGGUGACGCCCGCGCCCUCCUGCUGCGCCUGUCAGAACACUGGGCCAGGUGGCGACCAGGAGGUGAUAGGCUUAGAGGAUUUCAUUACGGACAGCGUCUAUCUUAAGAUGUCGCAACGAGCGACCCGUGGGAACCUCUUCGUCAAUGACGAGGAGCUCCAGGCUAAGCUUUGGAACGUCCAGCAGCCCAACGGGAACUCUGUCCGGAAGAACGAAGCGAUCAGAGUACCGAAAGAAGAUUCCGCUAUCCUGCAUCCAACCGGAAAUAGCGGGUUUUCUAGGCUUCUAUCGGGUCAGCAGGAAGAAGACGAGGAGCUUCUGUUUCACCAUAGCAAAGUGGAAGAGUUCUCCUUACAUGUGGGGCAGGACGAUCAUUUCUCCUUUUACCAGAGACAGAUGAAAGAGUUCCCUCUCCACCAGAGCCAGACGGCGCCCCAGGUCCCUACCCAGGCGGGGAUCCAGGCGGACUACCAGGCCCACGAGGAGGACCUCACCCAACACAACCGUACACUCUCCACACACGGCUCAGCGCUGCUCCAUCAAGUGCGGAUGACCCGGGAGCUCCGUGUGCGCCUACACCACCUUCACCACUACUCCUUAUACUUGGUGGAAGUGGUUGCCUGCCAGGCGCCCACCACAGUGCCAUUGGUGGUCCAGCGCGACCACCUCCCCUUCGUCAGUAAGCUGUGUUCCUCCAUCCCCGCCCGCGUCGCCGCCUACACCAGGCCCAGCGGAGCGGCGGACGACAUCCCCUGUGGGUCAGUGCGUGCUGUAGUGGUCCACAACACCUCUACAGGCUCCGUGGUCAUCACCUGGGCGCCUCCCUUCAACCCCAACGGCGGAGUGGUUGCCUACAUCUAUAGAGUCCAGGGUGUGAGUGUCCGGAGGUGUGUGAGCAGCCGACAGUUUGAGGAGGACGGCCGCGUGGUGGAGCUCCGUGACCUCUCGCCCGGUAACUACUCCCUCUGGGUCAAGGUCAGGUCAAAGGUCAGCUACGGCAAGUUCUCCACUCCAGUGUUCUUCCUCAUUCCGGACCCGUCUUGGCAGGAGGUGAACUUAGUGGUGAUCUCAGUGGUGAUGAUGCUGGCGGGGGCCGUGGUGGCCGCUGCUGUCUGCUGUUUUUGGCGCAGAUAUAAAGCCACCUACACCAUCCCUGACACUGUCGAUAAGGUCGACAUCAACCCUUACUACUGUGAGGGCUUCGCUCCGGCUGAGAUGUUCCGGCAGAACUUAAUUUUCUGGCGUGGGGAUCUGAAGGUUUUACACGACCGUCCUCUUGGUCAUGGAUUCUUCGGGAUGGUGUUCGAGGGAGAACUGAGUCGUGGCGGCCAGCACACAAGGGUGGCUGUGAAGACCCACAGCGACAGGGCCACCGACGAGGAGAUUCGCCAGUUCCUCAAGGAAGCAGCUCUUAUGCAGAACAUCUCGUGUCACCAUGUGGUACAGUUGCUGGGUGUAGUGGGGGACUACUCUCCCGUCUACGUGGUGAUGGAGCUCAUGCACGAGGGUGACCUCAAGACCUUCUUGAAGAAGCGCCCACCAAACUUUCUGACCGGCCAGAAGAUGAUGGAGAUGGCGGUGGAGGCUGCGGACGGGAUGGCGUACUUAGCGGCGUGCAAGCUUGUGCACCGGGACCUGGCGGCGCGCAACUGCAUGCUCAACAAAGACCUUACCCUCAAGAUUGGCGACUUUGGUCUCUCCCGUAAUCUUCAGUCUGACUACUACAGGAAAGAGGGUCAGGGAGUACUGCCGGUGAAGUGGAUGGCGCCGGAGAGUCUUCAGUUCAGUGUGUACAGCACCCACAGUGAUGUGUGGAGCUACGGAGUCCUGCUGUGGGAGAUGGCCACCAGGGGCGUCACACCCUACAAGAACCGAACCAAUGAUGAGGUGAUCCGGCUUGUGGUGGAGCGGUACGCCACUCUGGGCCGUCCCAGGAACUGUCCCCUGCCACUCCAACAAGUCAUGAGACGGUGCUGGAGGUACGAGCCCAGGAGAAGACCUUCCUUCCUCUCUAUCACCAAGUUCCUGCUCAAGCACACAUCGGCAGAGUACCAGCAGCGCUUUGAAGGGCUCUCCUUCUACCACAGCCGCUACAACCACUACUCCAGGUACCACCAGACGGAGAGAAGCGGCUUCAUGGCCGACACUGCCAGAGAGAGCGAUGCCGACGACCACUCAGACGACCAGGCCCUUAUGACUUCCCCAGAAUUAAGUGAUGGAGGUGAGACGCUUUCUUCUUCUCCAUCUUAUACCCGGAAAGUACAUGCUGUGAGCGGGACCCAUCAUGCUGGGAGCGGGACCCAUCAUGCUGUGAGCGGGACCCAUCAUGCUGGGAGCGGGACCCAUCAUGCUGUGAGCGGGACCCAUCAUGCUGGGAGCGGGACCCAUCAUGCUGUGAGCGGGACCCAUCAUGCUGGGAGCGGGACCCAUCAUGCUGUGAGCGGGACCCAUCAUGCUGUGAGCGGGACCCAUCAUGCUGGAAGCGGGACCCAUCAUGCUGUGAGCGGGACCCAUCAUGCUGUGAGCGGGACCCAUCAUGCUGGGAGCGGGACCCAUCAUGCUGUGAGCGGGACCCAUCAUGCUGUGAGCGGGACCCAUCAUGCUGUGAGCGGGACCCAUCAUGCUCUGAGCGGGACCCAUCAUGCUGUGAGCGGGACCCAUCAUGCUGUGAGCGGGACCCAUCAUGCUGUGAGCGGGACCCAUCAUGCUGGGAGCGGGACCCAUCAUGCUGGGAGCGGGACCCAUCAUGCUGUGAGCGGGACCCAUCAUGCUGUGAGCGGGACCCAUCAUGCUGGGAGCGGGACCCAUCAUGCUGUGAGCGGGACCCAUCAUGCUGUGAGCGGGACCCAUCAUGCUGUGAGCGGGACCCAUCAUGCUGGGAGCGGGACCCAUCAUGCUGGGAGCGGGACCCAUCAUGCUGUGAGCAGGACCCAUCAUGCUGUGAGCGGGACCCAUCAUGCUGUGAGCGGGACCCAUCAUGCUGUGAGCGGGACCCAUCAUGCUGUGAGCGGGACCCAUCAUGCUGGGAGCGGGACCCAUCAUGCUGGGAGCGGGACCCCUCAUGCUGGGAGCGGGACCCAUCAUGCUGGGAGCGGGACCCAUCAUGCUGGGAGCGGGACCCAUCAUGCUGUGAGCGGGACCCCUCAUGCUGGGAGCGGGACCCAUCAUGCUGGGAGCGGGACCCAUCAUGCUGAGAGCGGGACCCAUCAUACUGGGAGCGGGACCCAUCAUGCUUCGAGCGGGAUCCAUCAUGCUGGGAGCGGGACCCAUCAUGCUGGGAGCGGGACCCAUCAUGCUGUGAGCGGGACCCCUCAUGCUGGGAGCGGGACCCAUCAUACUGGGAGCGGGACCCAUCAUACUGGGAGCGGGACCCAUCAUGCUUCGAGCGGGAUCCAUCAUGCUGGGAGCGGAACCCCUCAUGCUGGGAGCGGGACCCAUCAUGCUGGGAGCGGGACCCAUCAUACUGGGAGCGGGACCCAUCAUGCUUCGAGCGGGAUCCAUCAUGCUGGGAGCGGGACCCAUCAUGCUGGGAGCGGGACCCAUCAUGCUGGGAGCGGGACCCGUCAUGCUGGGAGCGGGAUCCAUCAUGCUGGGAGCGAGACCCAUCAUACUGGGAGCGGGACCCAUCAUGCUGUGAGCGGGACCCAUCAUGCUGGGAGCGGGACCCAUCAUGCUGGGAGCGGGAUCCAUCAGGCUGGGAGCGCGACCCAUCAUGCUGGGAGCGGGACCCAUCAUGCUGGGAGCGGGAUCCAUCAUGCUGGGAGCGGGACCCCAUCAUGCUGGGAGCGGGACCCAUCAUGCUGGGAGUGGGACCCAUCAUGCUGGGAGCGGGAUCCAUCAUGCUGGGAGCGGGACCCAUCAUGCUGGGAGCGGGAUCCAUCAUGCUGGGAGCGGGACCCAUCAUGCUGGGAGUGGGACCCAUCAUACUGGGAGCGGGACCCAUCAUGCUGGGAGCAAGACCCAUCAUGCUGGGAGCGGGAUCCAUCAUGCUGUGAGCAGGACCCAUCAUGCUGUGAGUGGGACCCAUCAUGCUGUGAGCGGGACCCAUCAUGCUGUGAGCGGGACCCAUCAUGCUGUGAGCGGGACCCAUCAUGCUGGGAGCGGGACCCAUCAUGCUGGGAGCGGGACCCCUCAUGCUGGGAGCGGGACCCAUCAUGCUGGGAGCGGGACCCAUCAUGCUGGGAGCGGGACCCAUCAUGCUGUGAGCGGGACCCCUCAUGCUGGGAGCGGGACCCAUCAUGCUGGGAGCGGGACCCAUCAUGCUGGGAGCGGGACCCAUCAUACUGGGAGCGGGACCCAUCAUGCUUCGAGCGGGAUCCAUCAUGCUGGGAGCGGGACCCAUCAUGCUGGGAGCAGGACCCAUCAUGCUGGGAGCGGGACCCGUCAUGCUGGGAGCGGGAUCCAUCAUGCUGGGAGCGAGACCCAUCAUACUGGGAGCGGGACCCAUCAUGCUGGGAGCGGGACCCAUCAUGCUGGGAGAGGGACCCAUCAUGCUGGGAGCGGGACCCAUCAUGCUGGGAGCGGGAUCCAUCAUGCUGGGAGCGAGACCCAUCAUACUGGGAGCGGGACCCAUCAUGCUGGGAGCGGGAUCCAUCAUGCUGGGAGCGGGACCCCAUCAUGCUGGGAGCGGGACCCAUCAUGCUGGGAGCGGGACCCAUCAUGCUGGGAGCGGGAUCCAUCAUGCUGGGAGCGGGACCCAUCAUGCUGGGAGCGGGAUCCAUCAUGCUGGGAGCGGGACCCAUCAUGCUGGGAGUGGGACCCAUCAUUCUGGGAGCGGGACCCAUCAUGCUGGGAGCAAGACCCAUCAUGCUGGGAGCGGGAUCCAUCAUGCUGGGAGCGGGACCCAUCAUGCUGGGAGCGGGAUCCAUCAUGCUGGGAGCGGGAUCCAUCAUGCUGGGAGCGGGACCCAUCAUGCUGGGAGCGGGAGCCAUCAUGCUGGGAGCGGGAUCCAUCAUGCUGGGAGCGGGAUCCAUCAUGCUGGGAGCGGGACCCAUCAUGCUGGGAGCGGGAUCCAUCAUGCUGGGAGCGGGAUCCAUCAUGCUGGGAGCGGGAUCCAUCAUGCUGGGAGCGGGACCCCUCAUGCUGGGAGCGGGACCCCUCAUGCUGGGAGCGGGACCCAUCAUGCUGGGAGCAGGACCCAUCAUGCUGGGAGCGGGAUCCAUCAUGCUGGGAGCGGGACCCCUCAUGCUGGGAGCGGGACCCCUCAUGCUGGGAGCGGGACCCAUCAUGCUUGGAGCAGGACCCAUCAUCCUGGGAGCGGGACCCCUCAUGCUGGGAGCGGGACCCAUCAUGCUGGGAGAGGGACCCAUCAUCCUGGGAGCGUCCUUGUUUUUGGCAAAGAUAAAUGAGGCUACUCUAUUUGGGGUAAUUGGACUGGGAGACUUUUCUGGCAGAGACAUUAAAUAUUAUAUUCAAGUUUAUCUUACAUUCACACAUGAUGUUUCAGACACUCCCGAAAAGGACUUCAUUCGCGAUAGAAGAACUCCUAAUAUAAGUUCUAAGUCAAAAAGAACUUUUUCUACACCAAAUGAACCAACCUCAUGGUCGGGUAAAGUCACCUUCGGCAGGACCGCCGAGGGUAUUGGAGAAGGGCAAGACCUGACUGUGUGCGGCCGAUGGAGCGGAGUAAGUCAACAUUCAGCGAAUAAACAUCUAUAUACAAACUACUCCUCAGAUGACACGUGCUCUGACCAAAGUCUCUGUGUGGGUAGGGUGUGUCAGGGGCUCGGGGACCAGAAGGGUGCUGGACUGCCCAUAUUUCCUACGCCACAGGACUAUCGAGAGCUACGCUUUUCUCAGUUACAUCUGGGUACUCCUAGCACCCAAGGUAGCGCUCGCUGCUCGAGUUCCUCGCUGAAACCCUCUAACAGUCCGCAACCGCUGUGCUUUAAUUCACCCAGUGGGAGGUGUUCCUCACCUGUGUCCCCAAUACUCGCACGUUCAUUAUCAUCUCUUACACAAAGGUCGCUGGGAAGCAACCUUACACUUACAAAUAUCUUUCAAUCUAGUAUUAAAUUUCGACCUCCUUCACCAAAUUUAUCAAUUCCAGUUUAUUCUAACUUAAAGAGAGGCUUCUCAAGUUCAGAGGUAUGCAAUAUUCGAACAUUUCCAACCCUGCCCUCCGACGAAGGCUCAAUACUCGAUAUUCAUAGGUUUUUCUCUGAAGAUACGGAUAGAAGUUCUCCGUCUACGACUGCAUGUGCCCCUUCAACACCUUAUAACAGUCAACAGCAAAAUAAAUGUAUCUCAGAGCCUUCAGUAAGUUCUCCACCCACACCUUUAACUAGACAUUCAGAUCAACUUCUAGAUUCGGACACGAUUCUGAGGGACCAGAAACUGACUCUAGACCUACAAACGUCGCCAUGUCAUACUCUGCAUAAGCCAGAACUUCUAGAGCCAGGAAGUUUCUAUGUUAAUAGUAAUACGUCCACAAGCAUCCAAGACUCGACACAGGCACAAGGAAGUUCUUGUAAAGGUUUGCUUCGUAAGAUUGAGAAGGGAAGUGUGUGUAUACCAAGCUCCCUCACUGCCACACUCCGCAGGGCAGCAGCGGCAUCUGACACUCGAAAUACGAACAACUCUCCAGGAGAUUUUGAGAUGCGGUAAAAUAAGGUCUUGUGUUUUCACGGAAUAGUCGAUCAUUGAACUUGAUGUAUUACCAUUAAUACUAUUAAUGGCCAGCCAUAAAGAUAAUAUAUCGGCUACUUUUACUUUUCAGAUAGCUAAACAAAUUGGUUUGUCAUUCUUUCAUGGCAUGUUUAGAAGUGUAUGAUCUCUGAAAGUGACUAAUUAUUUACUGGGUCAGACCAGAUAAUUACAUUAUUGAAGUUAUACAUGUGUGAUAUCAUCAGGAUACAUCUAAGCAGUGCCUUAUGGAAUAUAAACUGGCUAGUUAUGUGUCAGAACUUGUGUCGAAGAUUUAUAAACACUCACGUCA